CCGAGAAACAGCCAACCCGGCAACCAGAUUUCAAACGCUCGCUCUAAUCUGGCAACCCAGUUCGGGUGUGGAAAGCAGCUGUCGAUGGAGCUUCACUUCGGUACACGUUUGCUCUCGUGCACAGUAAAAGGGGGCGGUGAAUAGUUACAUCAAACCCCCUUUGUGUUGUUGUUUUUUUUCUCUCCAUUUAGCUAGCUAUUUUACACAACCUUCUCAAAACCUAGCUCUUUAUUUCCUCCACACGUAACAUGGCUGCUCUCUCAGCCUGGUUUUGGAGCGAGGAUUUCUGGCUUCCUCACAACGUGAGCUGGACGGACCUGGCGAAUCCCGCGCCCGGGGUGGAGUACCCUAGAGCCGGACACUUACUCAAAGCUUUCCCGCUGGCCUUGGGCAUAUUCGCUGUUAGGAUAUUUUUCGAAAGGUUCAUCGCAGGUCCUUGUGCGCACAUCCUCCACAUCCAGGCCGGGGUGAACCGGAGAGCCCAGCCAAAUGCUGUCCUCGAGAAAGUGUUUACAUCCAUCUCAAAGUGUCCAGAUGCACGCCAGCUAGACGGUUUGUCUAAGCAGCUGGACUGGGAGGUGAGAAAGAUCCAGCGAUGGUUUCGUCAUCGGCGGAAUCAGGACAAACCCAGCACAAGGACCAAGUUCUGUGAGAGCAUGUGGAGGUUUACAUUUUAUCUGGGUAUAUUUACCUAUGGGUUCUGCUUUCUAUGGCAGUCCCCCUGGAUGUGGGACACGCGACAGUGCUGGUACAAUUACCCCUAUCAGGCCCUCAGUCCUGGCCUGUAUCACUACUAUGUAACAGAGCUGGCCUUCUACUGGUCUCUCAUGUUCUCCCAGUUUACAGACAUUAAACGAAAGGACUUCCUCAUCAUGUUUGUGCAUCACCUGGCCACUGUGAGCUUGAUCAGCUUCUCAUAUGUGAACAACAUGGCACGCGUGGGCAGCCUGGUCAUGUGUGUGCACGACGCCUCCGACUUCCUCCUGGAGGCUGCCAAGUUAGCCAAUUAUGCCAAAUACCAGCGGCUGUGUGACUCCCUAUUUGUGGUAUUUGGUGCAGCUUUUAUUGGGACAAGGCUCAUCAUUUACCCUUUUUGGAUCCUGAACAGUACAAUGUUUGAGAGCUGGGAGAUCAUCGGGCCGUACCCUUCGUGGUGGCUCUUUAACGUUCUGCUGCUGGUGCUGCAGGUUCUGCACAUCAUCUGGUCCUACCUCAUAGUACGCAUCGCCUUCAAAGCCCUUAUGAGAGGAAAGGUAUCCAAAGACGUGCGCAGCGAUAUCGAAAGCAGCUCAGAGGAAGAGCCUGAAACGAGUCACACCCUCACUUCAUGCAAACAGGAAAACGGCACCAACGGCCAUUUCGGCUCCCAGCCCUGGACCCGGAAAGACGAGCGCUGGUGACACGGCGACGCUUCACGAGCCAUUCACAAGAACUGUUCUUACUACAGCAUCUUCAUUCCACUCCUCUGUUUCCUGACCAAACUGUAAAAUAGAAUGAGGCACUAUACACACAUUCCCUACAUUACACACACUUUGAGAUGACAUAGUGUUAAAUGUUGACCUUGAUGAUGAAGUGCUGGAUCAUGUUGGCUGUAUGGACACUGAUGCUUCAAUGUGUGGGGGGAAAAAGAGACAGACUACAGUGAGAUUAAAUGAUUGUUUUUUUUGCGUCUAGUUUCAGAAGCAGAAGUAUGUGCACUUUCUUCCUAAACCUUCAUGUUUUACUGAAGUCAGGGAGGAAGUUCUUUCCCGUUCCUCUUUUAUUCUUUCUUUUUGUCUAAUGUGCUUGACCUCCUGGUUUAAAAUUUUUUUUUUUAUUAUUCUUUUUUUUUUUUUUUUUUUUUUACAGAUUUCAUCAUUCGGUUACUCGUUUUGUCUUUGCCUGUCCUGUUUUUCCAUUAUGCGUGAUUUUUUUUAUUUAGAGACCAAAUAAGUUUAUUAAAAUAUGAGUUGAUCGCUACACAGUGAGAGAUGAUUUGGUUCUCCGUUAUGUCAUAAGAAAAAAUUCUACACAGUUCCCAGAGUAAUCAGUACUAGAUAGGUUUACCUAAUGAACCAUCACCUCGGUGCAAGAAGAUUAAAUGAACGGUUUGGCGAAAUGUUAAAUUCACACGAUUGUCCCCUCAACACAAAUGCAAGCGGUCAGUCAGCUUAGUAAUGUUUGGUGUCCAUUUGUUUUAUUGGUUCCACUUCCACUGGGACUGAUGCUUGGAUUCUUGGAGAUACUCCUUAUUGUAGAACCAAAAGUCCAGGGGGUGGAGCUUAACCAGAUCCAAUGCCUCCAAUAAUUCUAAAUCUUAAGCCUCAUGAGAUGCUGUACAACAGAGAACAACACACCAUCUUGAAACCCACAGGUAGAAGUGGCUGAAUGAGGUCCGACUUCACCACCUGGACGUUUGGUUCUGCAGACAGGGGGACUUGAGUAUUUGCGACUUGCUUUAGGACACAGUGUGUCCCAAAAGUCUAUA